AUGUCACCUCUUAUUUUCUUUGCACCUUUAUUUCAACGAAGACUUCUUUUUUCCCGCAGUCGUUUCAAUGUGUUCUUUCUUUUUCUUUUUUUUUUUUUAAAUCUUCUUAAUCCGAAAUCGCCUCUUCACUUUCUUGCUGUUCAACACUCGUGCUUUUCUUCAGCCAUUAUUCCCUUCUCCUCUUUUUCUUCUUUAAUAAUUCCUCCCGCCAUUAACCUACCUAUUCAACGCCCCCUCCCUCUCGUAAUCUUAUCUUUCUGCUCCUCCCGGUUCCGCUACAUUAUUAUUAUUAUUAUUAUUAUUACUAUCUUGCUCCGUAUUCUUCUUCUUCUUCUUCUUCUUCUUCAUUUCUCUCGAUCUUUCCUAAACCCUCGCACUCCUAGUUUUCAACACAAUCUUUCUUUCUGUCUUUCUUUCGUUCUGACUUUUUGUCUUUCUCUAUUUAGUCAUUUAUUUUGUCUUAAAUGCCAUCGUCAUUAUAAACCACUACUCUCCUCGUUAAAUGAUCUCUUUCUUUCUUUCUUUCUUUCUUUCUUUCUUUCUUUCUUUCUUUCUUUCUUUCUUUACUUUUUCUACUUUUCCGUUUUCACUCUUUCUAUUUUAAUUCUUUUUCUACAUUCUUUUCUUUUUUCUCCCUACCUCUCUGCACCUCUUACCUCUUUGCUUCUAUUUGAUCCACUGCCCUCUCUACCAUCUCUACUUAAAUCCUUCUUAAGUUCCAAAAUAUGGCUUCAUCACAAAGAUGGCAGCAAAUCUCACGUCGUAUUGACCCAAGGAUAUCUGCUUCCAUUUCUGCAAUUUUAUUCUUCUGAUUUAUAUAAAACUGCGUCGCCCCUGUCAUUAUCUAUCUAUCUAUCUAUCUAUCUAUCUAUCUAUCUAUCUAUCUAUCUAUCUAUCUAUCUAUCUAUCUCACUAACUCUCACUGACCUUUCUAUCUCUGAUUGUCCAUUCCUUUCCACACUUGUCUCUCUUCCCACACUUUCGGCCGCCAUCCUUCUUCCUGUCAAUACGAGGCCCCCAUAUAUUUUUGUUCCUUUCUUCCACAAUCCUUUUUUUAUUUAA